UUUGUUUUCAUAUUCCACUAUAGUUAAAGAAGGGUACUGCUUGCUUUUAUAGCGUCUCCAGAAUCUGGAUUCUGGUCAAAGAUAUUGGUCUGCUUGCUUUUAACAUCUUCAGAGAGAGAGAGAGAGAGUGGGGUUUGCAUUAGAACGAAUUUUUUUUUUAUUUUCUUGUGAAUGAUAUGAAUGGAUAAGGGGUAAAAGGGUUUGAUUUUGAUGGUUUGUUUAACUUCAAUGUUCUCAAAACAUUGAUGAUAUAGAAAUCAGAAAUAGAGGGUGUUGUUGAUUUUUUUUUAUAAGCAGAGGGUGUUGUUGGUGAUAAGGAAGAUUUAAGCUUGUUAGGAUUCUUAAUGGGUAAGAAGCCACAAAAAAUGAAGGAACUUUCAGCAGAAAUAUUGGCUGAAGCAUCAUCAGCAGCAAUAGAUGAGACAGGGGAACACCAACAACAACAGCAGCAAUCUCAGCCUCAACCUCAAGCUACUAGAAAAAGAGGUAGACCAAGGAAGAUUAGUGUGAAGAUGGAUAAAGCUCAAACAAUAGAGGAACCAGAAGCUAAUACAGAAGCUCAAAGCAAGGAGAGUUCAAUGGAAAAAGGUGUGGUUAACAAGGAAGAGAAGCAAGAGGGUUCUUCAUCAGCAUGCAUCAUGAGGAUUGCAAAACAAGAGGGAGUGUCAGAGGAGAUGAAGCUUCCAAGAAGCAGAGCAAGGAGAAAAAGCAAACCUAGAAAGAGCAGUUAGUGCAUGGGAUGGUCUAGAAUUGAUUUUGAGGCCAGAAUCAAUUCUGAAGUGCAGCUUCUGUGAGUAGUCUCAGUUUUAGAAUUGAUUAUAAUAUAAUGAAAGAGAAGUUGAUUGGUAUAAUUUUUAUCUUUUAUAAUUUCCUAUCCAUUAAGAAAUUCUAGUGUGUUUUUGCUGCUUUGCCAUGUUUUCAAGGAUUCAUGUCAAAACUGAUAAAUAUUAUUGUAGGGAAACAGAAGUGUGAAAAGAAACUCCUUCUCUUCAAGUUAUUGCCUUAUUGGUUUAUCUUUUAGUUU